AUGCAAAAGUCCAUCCUGGUUGCUGUGGACCGCAUCGUGAAAAUUCCCAAAUACAACCGGGAAGUACGGCGAACGACCAAGCUCAUGGCCCAUGAUGAGACCGACACCUGCAACAUUGGCGACACCGUGAGGAUACACAGUUGCAGGCCGCGCAGCAAGCGGAAGUGCUGGGAGGUGACGGACGUGUUGCAGCGCACCAAGAUCUACGACGCCGAGGCCGCCACCCGCGGCGCGGUCAACAAGCUGCGGGCCGUCGCCGACCAGGGUUUUGCCGCCUCGGCGCUCCACCCCCCCCCACCCUCCCCGCCGCCCUGUGCUUGA